UCACUCAUCAUGGCGGUGGAAAAAUCAGCGAAGAGAUCCAAGGCGAAAUCGCGGUCGGAGGAUACGUCCAUGGUUGUGGACGAGCCUGCUGCGCCUCAGGAGGGCUCUGCCAAGAAGCACAAGAAGAGCAAGAAGGCCGAUCAUUCCAUCGAAACCACGGUUCCCCCAGCCGUGACCGACGUCCUUUCCCCAGAAAAGCCCAAGAAGAAGCGCAAACGCGACCAGCCUGCGCCUGCUGAGCCCUCGGAUGCCACCCAGCGCGAUGAGGGCCAGGCCGACGCCGCCGCAAACACCACCGACGCACCCAGGAAAAAGAAGCGAAAGCACGCGAAGGCGGAGGCAGAAGUGAGCACGGAGGCUGCAGAUGAAGAGCCACGGAAACGCACAAAGAGGAAGAGUGGCGCACCCGCAGAGCCUCACGGAGAGCUUGCGCCGCCGGUUACGACAGAUGAGGCAGACGGGGACGGGGAGGACGUUGGGGAUAAGCCCAAGAAGAAGUACCCGCAUCCUGCUAAGGACGAGUCCCUCUCCGAACAGGCUGUCAAGGCCCUCUCAUACGCGUAUACCUACCACAAACAUCGUGAUGUUUGGAAGUUCAGCAAGGCACAUCAGAACUGGCUCAUUCGCCAUUGCUGGUCUACGACCGAGAUACCCGACGACUAUAUACCCCUCCUGAAGAAGUACCUCAAGAAUCUGCAAGGUGGCGCGCGAGAGCGACUACUUGAGACAUGCCAGUCCAUCCUGACUGCGGCGGAGGCGCCAGAAGAGCAUGAGGAAGCAGCAGCGCCUGCGAAAGAUAAAGCAGAACCUGCAGCAGAAGGAGACGCGGAGUCCCCAAGCAAGUCCGUCAGGUUCGCUGCGGCCACAAAAGAGACAGAUGCCACAACGAAGACGGAGGUUGCAGCGAAGAAAAGCACACGACCGCCGGAGAGCAAGGUUAAGCGAGCGAAGGCUUUUGUCAAGGUCUUGUCAUCUUGAUUUGUGCUGGUGCGUUCGUUGACGUGUGCGAUGUACUAUGGAUUAUGAAAAUGAUCAAGAUUGACAACACUAUGCACUAUCUCUAUGAUGACUGGCACACUACUAUACAGGAUCACAAGAAGCCCUAAACUUGGUCGCUAACAAGCAGCAGUCGUCGAGUACGCAAGUCGCUGCGAAGCUGAUUUGCUCACUCCCGCGAGCAUUUUGUGCACCGGCAGUUGAACGAGUACAUCCCCCACAGCGCGUACUGACGGUGCUGCUUGGGAUGGGAGGGUUCCACGUACGCGAUGAAGAUCUCCUCGCCCUUCUUGAUGGGCCGCUCUGCGUACAGCCCAAAGGUCAUCGUAUCGACAUCCCAGUCCGUGUACGCAUUGGGCUCGCAGCU